GGCGAGCCAUGGCAGUGUUUGAUCAUCUUGGGCUGGUGUCUCUGGCGGCGCUGAUGCUGGCGUCUCAGCUGGACUUCACCAGUGCUGCUGUUCGGGUGUUUGGCUUACAUGCCAGCAACCUCUAUGGUGAUCCUGCCGGAAACGAUCCUGAUCCAUACGUUAAGGUCUGGUGUGGCUCUUAUUUUGGAGGGAUGUCAGAAUUUCACAGGGAUACCGCUAAUCCUUCAUGGUUUGCCGAGUUCAACUUUCCAAAGUGCAAGGUAAAGGAGAACCUGAAAUUUCAGGUAUGGGACAAAGACUUGAUUUCUGAUGACCACUUGGGCACAUGUUUAAGACGGGUGCAAAAUGGGUCUAUCAGCAGCACUUGUCAUCUGCAAUAUGGAGUCCUGUUUUACAACUAUGAAGUGACAUAAAUCUGUUCCAGACCAGCAUUUUUUGAAGCUGCUUUGAAACAAACCUCCACUGCAACAAGCCUGAUAGUAAUAAAAUAGAACAGCAUUGAAUGUUUGCACUGAUAUUUGUUCAUCUAAAUCUACUGCUGACAUACUUUUCUUCUUAAGGGAAAUGCUUUAAUAAUUACUAACAAAAUAUACAAAUAAAUGUAUUAAAUCAUA